CAAGUGAGCAAGAGAGAGGGAGAGAGACGCUGAAAGAAAGCUGCAGAGACACGGCUGGAGAAUGGAGAGGUGCUUGGAGCGUCAGGGAGCUUUGGUCUGGAGACAAGUCACCCAAACAGCUUUUAACUCGCCAGAGAGCACCCACUAAAACUGGAGAAACACAGGGCGAAAAGGAAUGGCCGAUCCUCUGCGGAGGACAUUACUAGCAAAACUUCGUGGGAAGAAAUCAAAGAAAGGGACGACAGCUGGGGGUUUCAGCGUUGCUGCUGCUGCAAAUGGUGGUAAUCGUGAAGGUAAAGAAAAAGUUUUGCAGCUGCAGCAGGGAGACGAGCAAGACGAGCAGGCUGGGGUGUUCAGCAGUGCUGGAGGUGUGAAUGUGGUGCAAAACACGAUGUGGGUUAAAGAUAGUUACUUAAAUGGGGAUUUUGAUGUUAAGAGGGAAGUCAAUUUGCUAUGUGAAAGCGUGGUUGUUGGGACUGCAUCUUCACAUUGCGAGACCCUGGACCCGAUAAACAGGCAGGGGGUUGUACAGAGCAGCGACGAGUUUCACUUCAGAGUUAAUGAACAGCUCUUUGGGGUCUCCUUAAGAGAUGCCAUUGCAAAAGGUAGCAAAGCAGGCAGAUUGAGAAGUUUUAAUGAGAAAGAUUCCAGUUUCAUGAGACUAGCGAUACCAGGGUCAUUGGGCGGACCAGAUGGACAUAAGCAAAUUCCCCGACAGUAUUCCGGAGACUCGAUCGGAUUUGGGAUUUGUGAAAAUCACGGUUUACCAGGAAGGGCUUCUUCAGAUGCGGUGACAACUGCUAGUACGAGUUUGACAGGUGGCCAAUAUCAUGUUUCUGAGAUUAAAAAUAUGGGUAAAUUAAAAGAUUUUGUGACCCUUGGGGACGAGACGGAUUUUUUCCAGCAAUCUGAUUACGAUUUUGGAUUAAUAGGGAAUUUUAUUAAGAGAACAGAGCCAAACUUCCCUGCUGUUUUUAAUAGAAACCACGAAACAGAUGUGCAAGUGAAUGAGAAACAAAUGUACACCUUUGCUGCUCCAGCAGAGUGCUUGCGACGUGCCACCGGCACACUGGGAGAGAGCUCGUUGAUCAAACACGCAGAACGUUAUGUCAGUGGCUUGACAUGUUCCAGAGAAUACGGUUCCGUUAAUUUGCAAGAUCCAGCAUUUUUCCCAACUGAUUUGGAGAAUUUAGUCCCCAGCCUUGCUUGCCAGAAUUACACACGUUUAGAACCGAGGGAGGGAAUCCAACGCCACAAUUCAAUAGACAGUGAAGAUGAUGAUUAUUAUGAUAACGAAACCCUAUCGUGCUAUGAGCCUGAACUUCAAAUACAUAAUAAUAAUAAUACCUCGAAGGGUACCCCCAUUUCCAGUUUAGUCACUUGUGAAACUGGAGGCGGUUUCGGAAAAGGUGCAAAUGACAGUGCAGAGGAGACAGACAGGCUCAGGACUCAACUAAAGGAAGCAUAUUAUUUGCUUAUAAACGCAAUGCACGACAUCAGCAUCGACAGUCAGCCAGGUAUCAGUGGGUUUUGUGAUAACAUGAGCACGCCGAGUUGUCAUUCACAAGAUAGUGUUUGCACACACUUUUCUGUCAGGGCUUUAGAUAGUGAUGCAUGGUCUUCUGGAGACAAUCCUCCACAUGUAUCCGAUUCUUUGCUUGUGAAUCACACAGAAAUCUGCAAUGGCUCUGCUAAACGGAAAGUAGUCAGCAAAAGCGUUGAAAACAUACAGGUUGUUGCAAGAAGGCCACCCUUACUGCAGAGGUCAGUUAGUGCUGGAGAUGUCAAAUACACCACAGAGCAUGCUUUAGGUAGUACACAUGAUUUAAAAAACCAUUCCUUCCAGGUUUCCAAUGAUACACGAUAUGGUGAAACUGAAAUGCACUACUUGGUUACACAAAGCAGCCACUCUAAGCGCCUGCCCUCUCAUGAUGGCAUAAGUAGCGACGAUUUGUUGCAAUACCGGGACAACUUGCUGCUGAAUGAGAGCAGUGGUUCUGUGACUAGUUCCACAGACUCAAGCGAUGCCGUUGAAGUCAUGGACAGCAAAAUAGCCGAUUGUAACGAAGGUCAGGUGAAUUCUGCAAAGCCGGUCGUGGUGACGGUCAACAAGAUGCAGCAGUGGAUACACAAAGGCCGCUUGCUGUCCUCAGAAAUGAAACAGCGCAUCACGGGCUCUUCUCUCCGGGGCAGAGGGUCUUCGAGGUCGCUCCGAGGUCAGGCUGUCAAGAAAGAAAAAGUUUCAAAGAAGACGUCACAGGACCCUCGCUCAUCUGGAGGGCAAGGAAGCAAGUCUGAGUCUAAUAGCCAGACAAUCCUGCAGACAGACCUAACUGGGAACGUACGCAGCUCGAGCGUGUGCCGCCGGGAUCGAAGAGUGAUCAGGUAUAACGAGGUCAACGAGCCCAAGGCCCCUGUCAACAGCAUCACUGUGUCAAAGAAGCGCAACUGGCUGGAGCAGAGCUCCCACAAACCCCAGUCUCACGAGGAGUGCGCCGCUGCCACGGAGGACGAUUGUGGUCACAUGGCCAAUCCAUCUAGCCCUGAAAACCCACAUCAGAGUGGGACCAAUACCACACUGUUAGCAGGACAGGGGGUUCAGACUGUGCACAUAACUGUGAGCCCCACUCUCACCUGUGCACGCAUGGUAGACCCAGCUGAGGAAAACGAUGCUGACGAUGAAGGAGACAUUUGGUACAACCCCAUCCCAGAGGAUGAGGAGCCUGAGUUGGCCCAGGGGCUUUGCCCUGCUGCAAGGGGUAAGAACCCGCAAGCUGUCCAUUCCCCGGUCCCAGUCAGUAGCCAGAGGAAACUGAGCAAUGGGGACUUGGUUAAGUGGCUGGAGUCCACCACGGCUGGUAGCUCCCCAAAUUCCUCUCAGAUUCUGGAGGACUGUCAGGCUGUUCCAACCAGCGAGAUGAAUCUUGCAAAUUCCGUACAUUCCACUGAGCGUUUGCAGCUGCACAGGCAGUUAUUUGCAUGCAAACCAGGGAGAGGGGCGGCUAUAGAAGAAAAUCCAGCUCCCAAGCCCAGCACUGCAGUUACCGGCCCUACAGACUGUACCUACACGUCAGACCCAGGGUUUUCACCCCCUUCCAGCCCGAACUUCUUGAUGAAGGGAGGCUCCAUCAACUGGUCCUUUCCAGAGAAGAUUAAAUCUCCCAGAACUGUUAGGAAACUAUCAAUGAAAAUGAAGAAAUUGCCAGAGCUCAGCAGGAAGCUGAGUGUGAAAGGGACCUCCAAUAGCAGCCACCCUGAGCCCCGACCAGCCUCUCUCAAAAGCAACGGGAGCAGCAGCGGGACAGAUGCCACUCAGGGUCCAUCACUGUUUCAACGGAGCAGCACGGCAGCCAGCAGGAAUGUCAUCUCUCGCUACCACCUGGAUAGUAGUGUAUCUACCCAGCACAGCUACAACAAAAAGAAUGACACAGGAGGCUCCAAGUCGGCCAGUAAGGGGGGCUACCUGAGUGAUGGUGACUCCCCGGAACUGGUGACCAAAUCGUGCAAGCACAAAUCCGAAAGCAAAUCUAGUAAAAGCAAAGAGCCCCCUACUAACAGUCACAAAGUCCAUGUCACAGAAAUUGACAUUGAUGCCUUCCGGCACUAUAGCUUUGCCAACAAGCCUAAAUGCUUGCAGUAUAUAUCUGGACUCGUGAGCGUGCACUUCUACGGAGCAGAGGACCUGAAGUCCCCAAGAAUCGACUCCAAAGAAGUUUACUGUGCCAUUCAGGUGGACUCGGUCAACAAAGCCCGGACUGCUUUGUUGACUUGCAAGACUACUUUUUUGGACAUGGACCACACAUUUAACAUUGAACUAGAGAAUGCCCAGCACUUGAAGCUGGUGGUCUUUAGCUGGGAGUCUACGCCAAGGAGGAACAGGGUCUGCUGCCAUGGGACAGUAGUGCUUCCCACGCUCUUCAGGGUCACCAAGACCCACCAGCUGGCUGUGAAACUGGAGCCCAGGGGCAAGAUCUACGUGAGGCUGAACCUGAUGGAGCAGUGGCAGAACUCCCUGGACAGCUUCGGCAGGGAGCGGGAGCCCGCGGUGUUUGGUGUGGAGGCCUGGAAGCUGGUGGAGAAGGAGAAUGCCGGGAUCAUGGUGCCCCUGCUGAUUAAAAAGUGCAUCACGGAGAUCGAGAAUCGAGGCUGUCAGGUUGUUGGAUUGUAUCGCCUCUGUGGUUCAACAGCAGUGAAGAAAGAGCUCCGUGAGGCCUUCGAGAGGGACAGUAAGGCCGUGGAGCUCUCUGAAAACCAGUAUCCCGACAUCAAUGUCAUCACAGGUGUUCUCAAGGACUAUUUAAGAGAACUGCCAUUUCCUCUGAUAACAAAACAGUUGUACGAAGCUGUGCUGGAUGCCAUGGUUAAGAGACCUCUCAGGAUUGGCCCCAGUGGCUGUGAAAAUGAAUCGUGCGACUCGGAAUACACAGUCAGUCUCUUGGAGCAUUUGCCCGAAGUGGAGAAGGUUACUUUGAGGAUGCUGCUGGAUCACCUGAAGCGAGUGGCAUCCUACCAUGAAGUAAACAAGAUGACCUGCCAGAACCUGGCUGUGUGUUUUGGGCCUGUUUUGCUCAGCCAGCGACAGGAGACGUCUCACUAUAGCAACCGAGUGUUCAUUGACUCAGAGGAGCUGGCCAGCGCGCUUGACUUCAAGAAACACAUUGAGGUGCUGCAUUACCUUCUCCAGCUCUGGCCAGUGGUAGAUUCAAGUAGCAAAGACUGGCCUGUGAGCCACACAUCUGCUGAGCAGCCUGCUAACGCACUCUGUCUGCGGAGGAGGCAGCGGCCACGGCCUUGUAUGCUGGACUUGAGCAGCGUUGAGAUGGCCGGAGUAUUGAGGCCCAGGCAGGGGAGGCUGGACAGUUCCAGUAACCGCUACGCCAGGGACUGGAGCACAAUGGGAGAAAGUUACUUCCAGCCCCCGAAGGAAAACACUGCUGCUGAUGAGGCAGAUUACGAUGACGUCCCUUCGGAAGAUCCUGAAAGCGAGGAGGAAGUUGAGGAGGAAGGGGGAUCCAAGAUAGAAGGACUUUCUGACCACAUAGUGACACCUCUGAAACCAGUAUCCAAAGAACACACUUACCAGGCCUACAUGAAAAUCCAGGAGAUCAACCCCGCUCUUAACCACCCUGUGAACCUCAAAGACCUGCAGGAAAGCAUUGACACUCUGAUCAGUAACUUAGAGAGGGAACUCAACAAAAACAAACUGAACGUUGGCUAUUGAAAAAAAAAAAUAGCAGCCUGGCAGGCCUUUUGUGAACAGUUUGUGUGCUUUAAAUAUAUAUAUAUAUAUAGUGUUUCCUGUUGACGUUGCACUUCUGGGUACUAGAAGUUUGUUUUUGUUCAACUGGGGUUGUCUGACCAAUUUGUAGGUAUUCCAUCACAUUUUCUCUUUUUUCUUCUUAUUAGAAGAAUUCAUUGACCCUUAGGGGUGUAAAGGUGCCUUAAUUGUGUCAAGGUGGUACUGUGGAGAGUGUGCAGAGCUUUGUAUUAAGGUACAUUUUAAAAUGUAAACCAAUGCACUUAUGAAGCAGAUGUUUGUAGGAUGAACCUUAAAAGACGUAUUAGCCAUCUUCCCUCUUCAAAUGUUCUGCGGGGACAGGACUCCCAUCAUCUUGUGAUCUAAUGUUCUUUUCCUCAUUGAGAAUCUUUGAAAUGCUGCUUGGACAGUGUGGUAUUUUUUUAAAAUUGUUUUUUUUUUUGUAGUGGGGCAGCAAAAGAAUGAGGUAGAAUUGUUUCUGCCAGGUUCACACUUUGGGGAGGGGGGUUGUAUAUUCAUUUAAAAUCCAAUACCUUUAAAAUGCAUUAGCAUGGCUGCUAUUAAAUAUUCUUCUACAGCUUAUGAUUGGUACAAAAAGAAGAAAUUCCACCAGUAUCACGUCUCUGUAACUGUAUUUAAAUUCAAAGAUCCAAAUGUUAUAUUUUUCUACACCAGUAUAUUUUUCGUAAAAGGCCAAAAACUAAAACUGCCUUGGAAAUUCUGUAAAGUUUCUUCAGCAUUUUUAUUUUUAUUUUUAAAUAAAGGCUGUGAGGAAGAUGCAUUAUCCUACCAUGACUGAAUGAACCCAUAUGCAUUUCAGAAAGUACAGUUUAACUAUCCAGAGUCCAGUAUUAGCAGUAUUUAACAAGAAAAAAUGGGUAGGUGGGGGUUGUUUUUCCAACGUUUGGUCAAUACUUUUAGCAACCUGUUUUAACUUUUUAUUAUAUUGUAUGUUUAAUAUUUCUUUUAAUGUUUAUUAUUUCUGUACAACUAGUAUUUAAUGGAUUGCUUUUGGUAAUCUCUGUUAUUGUUGUUUUUUUGUAAGUUAUCUUACAUGUCUUGCUUGCGAUUAUUAAGCAGAAGUGUUUGCUAGUAAAACAUAAACGUUUAUUUCAAUGGUUUUAUUCACUGCAAACUGUUAUUUUUCUUUAUGAAUAUCAGGCACGCCUCUGUUUAGUUAAGCUAUUUUUGUGUCAAAUUGAAAUGUACAUGAUCAAUAGUAAAUUUUUUUUUUUUUUCAUCACCUCAAUUUUCAGACACAGUGUAUUGUAAGUACUACAUUAUACUGGAUAUUGCUUUCUUUCUGGCAACAGUAGUUCUCUCAAUCCAUCUGGUUUGUGCAUGAUAUAGUACGUUUGUCUUGGUUGAUCUGGUAUAAACAUGACGUUUUAUGUUUUAACAAGAAAAAUUGCUAGUGUUGUGCUUUCAAGUAUGUAAUAUAAUCUUAUAUAGGAUUUUUAUCUCAAUUACCAGAGCUUUUCCUUAUCAUGUGGUCUGAUCUGCGCUACAGUAUAUGGUGCAAGAGUACAUACUGUAUGGCUUCCAUAAAUACAGAAGACCUGCAGUACACACAAAAUCUCUGUGCAGCUUUUGUUUCUGUUUGUGUUUACCAUGUAUAAUGUGAGCAGGUUCAGUUGUGUUAGUAUUGAUAUGCAUGUGCAUUCCUCACAGCUGCUUAAACACCUUUUUAAUGGAGGUAAAU